UGGCGACCUGGGCUGACUGUCCUUGCCGAGAACCUGAGCUCUGCCGCCAGAUUCGACCCCACCCGGACUUUGAGGAGAUGUACCCUUAAAGAACAUCAUUGAUCCUAAUUUCAGAGCAUCCUGGAUAGCACAAAAACUUCACUUGGCUAAAACACAAUAUAUGGAUGGAAUUAACAUUGACAUAGAGCAAGAAGUUAUUUGUUCAUCACCUGAAUAUGAUGCAUUAACAGCUUUGGUCAAAGAAACCACAGAGUCUUUUCAUCAUGAGAUUGAGGGAUCACAGGUAACAUUUGAUGUAGCUUGGUCUCCAAAGAACAUAGACAGAAGAUGCUAUAAUUAUACUGGAAUUGCAGAUGCUUCUGACUUUCUCUUUGUGAUGUCUUAUGAUGAACAAAGUCAGAUCUGGUCAGAAUGUAUUGCAGCAGCCAAUGCUCCCUAUAAUCAGACAUUAUCUGGAUAUAGUGACUACAUCAAGAUGGGCAUUAACCCUAAGAAACUUGUAAUGGGUGUUCCGUGGUAUGGUUAUGAUUAUCACUGCCUGAACCUAUCUGAGGAUCAUGUUUGUACCAUUGCAAAAGUCCCUUUCCGGGGGGCUCCUUGUAGUGAUGCUGCAGGACGACAAGUACCCUAUAAAAUAAUCAUGAAGCAAAUAAAUAGUUCUGUUUCUGGAAGCCAGUGGAAUAAAGAUCAGGAGGCUCCUUAUUAUAAUUAUAAAGAUCCUGCUGGUCAUUUUCAUCAAGUGUGGUAUGAUAACCCUCAGAGCAUUUCUUUAAAGGCAGCAUAUAUGCAAAACUAUGGCUUACGGGGCAUUGGUAUGUGGAAUGCAGACUGUCUUGACUACUCUGGAGAUGCUGUAGCCAAACAGCAAACUGAAGAAAUGUGGAAAGCCUUAAAGCCAAAGCUGUGACAGAGAUGAUCUUUUAUCAAACUAUUAAGAUAGAGAAAAUCUAUCUGUAUAAAUAAAUCUAGUACACUGUCUUGAAGAGAUAAAAAAUAUAAAUUUUUGUCAUGUUAUUAUAUAUUUUAGUAUACUCAAAAAAAGAUAUAAGUGCUUUGAUUGAAUUUGAAAACAUGUUUUUAUCAAAAAUAUCCAGGUACAUACAGGCAAGACACUAGUCAACAUACUAUAUUAAGUGUUCUUCUGUAAGACAUGUGAACACUAAAUAGGAAAAAAAAUGCUUUCAAAUUUUUAUUAUGCCAAAUUUCCACCUCUGCUAUUAAAAUUCACCUACACAAAUCAGUGAUGAUUAAAAUAAGCAUGAAACUUAAGCAGAAAUUGUUGGUUUAGAAGAAAUUGUUUUAAAACCUAGCCCUUGAGAGGCAAUUUGGUUUGUAUUUUUUCCAAUUAAUUUUA